UUGAACAUACGUAGCCUGGGGGUUAAAACUUUCAAACGACCUUCAAUUGUAUUUUCUGCAUCUAGUGGAUCUUCUCUUAAAGAUGGAGAGAUUUCUCGCAGUUGCCCUCCUCGUGGUCUUGUGUUUUGCCUCAGGCCGUGCUAUAAACUGUAUAACCUGCGACUCAUUGAAGGAUGUGCAGUGUGGUGACCCCUUCACAGCCGACCAGGAAAAAUACAUCGUUAAAUGUAAACCAACAGAAACUUACUGUGGAAAAAUCGUUAGCACGGAGGAUAGUAGAUCUGCACCAUUCGUGAAGAGAAGUUGCGUGGAAGAUCGAAGCAAUGAGAACUACACAUGGACACCUCCUGCCGAGUGUGAAGAAUUGAACCUAUUGACAACUUGUUACUGCAAAACCAGUAGAUGUAAUUCAAGUGACAGGAGUGCAAUCUGCCUAUUAUUAUUGGCCUUUUCAGUUGUUUUUGCUUUCAUGAUCAGAAAAAAUUAUUAAAGACACUUUGAUAUAGAUUUUUUGAAAAUUCUUUUUUGUAAUAUUUUGCAUUCAUUUUUUUCCCCAAAUCUCAGUAUUGUUCAGAUUUAUUUCUAGGAUUUUUCAAAUAAAAUUCUUUUACGGAAUCAUGAUUUUCUCACCACUGUCAAGAUUUUUACAUGUAUUCAGAUAUCAUCAAAGUAUUGUAUUAUACCUAUCAAAAUAUGACCGACUUUCAAAUAAACGAAAAAAGAAA